GUCAUGGCUUUAAAUAACGCAAAAGUGUCAUGGAUGAUAGCGCUGACCGUGGUCGUUUUCAAUACCAAAUGUUCCUCAAUCAACUUUUGUCCCAACACACCAUGUUUGUGCACAAAUACAACUACUGACUGUUCUGACAGGAAUUUGGAGUCACUGCAACUUCUCGAAAAUCAGCUGCCGAAAACAACUACAAAUAUAAUCCUGUCAGGAAACAUUUUUAUGAAUGUCGGUGAUUUCUUUUUAAAACCCAUUGAGUCAUUGAAAAUAGAGAAGAUUAGUCUCUGUAGAUGUCAAGUGAAAUAUAUAUCACCUAUAGCAUUUCGUUUCUUCCCACAUAUAAAACAGUUGGACCUCUCAAGAAAUAAUCUCAAUUACAAUAACAUACUUUUGGUUUUGGAGAGGUUGAAUAGUUCAUGUAUACAAGCCUUAAACAUAUCGGACGUCAAACACGCACCGUCUACACUUCCUGUAAAUGCGUUCGAGAGUUUUGAAGAGAACAGUUCUCUCAAUUCUCUUCAACUCCAAAACUGGAAUUUGAUGAAGGUUUAUGGAGCUGCCUUUCGAAAUUUGACCAACUUAAAUACGUUGGAUCUGAGUAAUAACAAGAUACUUGCCUUAAACAUGGAGGGACUUGAUAAUAUUACUCAUCUUAAUCUAACUUUAAACGAACUACCCGGGCUACCAAAAAUGUGUAAUGCAAACAAUGAAUCGUUGGUUCCGAAACUGAUGUAUUUGUGGCUCGCAAUUAAUCAUAUAUCGGACUCGUCAGAAUUCUGUCGCCAAGGCCAUUGUUUACCAGAUUUAAGAUAUCUUAAUCUAUCCUUUAAUGCAGUAAGUAUUAUAAAAAAUAACGCUUUUUCUACCAUAUCAAAACUGGAGAAAUUGGGACUGGAAAAUAUGUUAACUUAUGAUUUGUUGAUUGAGGAAGAUGCUUUUCGGUCGAUAUCUUUGAUUGAACUUUUUAUAAGCAUGCCCAAAAGAGAUACAAAGCAGUUGCUGAAACAUAAGACCAUUUUCAACAACUGCCCAAAGCUCAAAACUUUAGAUGUAUCGCAUUUUGAUUUCUUAAGUUUUGACAGGGAUGAUUUUUAUAACAUGUUACUACCAUUGAAGAAUUUGAAAAAUCUUAUGUUGCGUCACUGUUCUUUGAAUUUUGUUCCUCCCACUUCGCACCUUUCCAAUCUGAAGUCUAUUAAUUUAAAAGGAAAUUUCAUACGUUACAUUGACCGGGAUUUGUUUCAAAACAAUUCUGUACUCAGUGAAAUAAUUCUUCGAAAAAACCAUCUCACAACUAUUAAACAGGACUCGUUUACAGAGAUUAUCUGGAACAACCCAAAUCUAUCCAUAGAUGUUUCAUAUAAUCCAUUUGCAUGCGACUGUGAUCUUGAAUGGUUCAUUCAGUGGUCAAACAAAAAUAUAAAACACGUGAAUAAAUACGAAGAAAACCAGUGUGAUUCACCAAAGGAAUGGAAAACCAGCCACAUAGGAGGUCAUUUGAAUUCUCUUAAAAUGACAUGCCAUGUUUUGAAUCGUGCUAUUGUUAUAGGCUUGAUAACGGGGUCGUUUGUGUUCAUUUUCUUGUUUAUUUUCGUACUUAUCAGAAAAUUCCGAUGGGAUAUAUUAUAUUAUUUACAUAACUUUACUCAUGGAAGACGAAGGGGAUAUCAGAGACUUUUGGACACAAAUACUAAAGAAUAUGACGGUUUUGUUGCAUAUAAUACGCAUGACCGAAAGUGGAUUAUGUCGGAACUUGUCGACAUUUUAGAGAAAAAAGAAAACUACAAGUUGUGUCUUCACGAAAGAAACUUUUUACCGAUAGGUUCUCAUGUGGAUAAUAUUUUUGACAACAUAGAAUCUAGUCGUAAGUUUAUAUUAGUUCUUUCGAACAAUUUCAUGGAAGAUCAGUGGUGUCAGUUUGAAACUGUAAUUGCAAACCACCAAUUAGCCGACGGAAAUAAAGACAAAAUUUUACUCAUUCUUUUGAAUGAUAUAGAUUCCGAACAUUUCACCAUCGCUUUGAAAACGUUAUUAAAAGAAGCUAAAAGUGUCGAAUGGACAACAAACGAUAAUGGGAUCAAAUUAUUUUGGAAAAAAAUAAAUUCUUUUAUGCAGAAAUAGUAACCUUUGUUGCCAUUAUCCUCGUUUUUUUCUUUCAUCGGUUUUUUAAUUUAUAAGUAACGUUUUGAUACGAAAGGCAAUUCUAAAAAUUAAGUGAUUUAAAAAAAAGGAUAACUAUGGCAUGUGUGUAUUUUACCCUCUAAAUUGUAAAUAAUGCUAAUGCUUUUGUUUCUUGAAGACAUUUUGAAAAUAAAUCUGGGAUGCUGUAACAUUAUUGAUAGUACAUACUGAAAAAUCCUAUUUUGUUUCAUUUGACACCAGCAAGUUGUUGUUUUUUUUAGUCGAUGCUGUAUUAUACAAAGAUGUAUUUUGUAUACUAUAUCGUAGAGGAGCUAUUUAAAAACCCUAUUCAUUUGAUUGCUGUUAUAUAAUAUUUUUUUGUAGAAUGUAUAUAUGUUCUGUAAUUUUUCAUUUAGCUUACAAUUGAAGUAAACAGAAGUAAAACAAAAUAAAAAUUGAAAAAUCCUAUUUUAUUUCAUUUGACACCAGCAAGUUGUUGUUUUAUUAGUCGAUGCUGUAUGAUACAAAGAUGUAUUUUGUAUACUGUAUCGUAGAGGAGCUAUUUAAAAAACCCUAUUCAUUUGAUUGCUGUUAUAUAAUAUUUUUUUGUAGAAUGUAUAUAUGUUCUGUAAUUUUUCAUUUAGCUUACAAUUGAAGUAAACAGAAGUAA